AUGGAAAACCUCUUCCGCCCUGCUUCGACAUUGCCGAUCCUGGGCAACACUUUGGAUGUGAUGCGCUCUCGCUAUCGGAUGAGUGACUGGAUUAACGACCAGACUGACGCAAGUGGAGGUCAGCCGUGGAUCCUUCAAUUGAUGUUUCAACCACCCUGGGUUGUGCUCUCCAUGCCCAACGACCUCAACGACGUGUUUGUGGAUAGUUUCGAUGUGUUUGAAAAGAGCGGAGUCCUUGGAGACAUCUCGUUCGAUGUAUUGGGCAAUGGGUUACUCAACGUCAAUGGGGACAAGUGGAAGCAGCAACGUCGAGCUGCCAGUCAUCUCUUCUCGACAAAGAGCAUUCGUCAAGUUAUGGAGCCGGUGAUCCGCGAAAAAACACUGCAGCUUCGAGACGUCCUUGCACAAUGUGCCGGUCGUGAUCAGAUUGUUAGUAUGAAGCCACUACUAGGCAAGUUCACUAGCGAUGUUUUCACACGCAUUGGUUUCGGCGUAGAGCUCAACCAACUUGGUGGAGACGUUCUUGUUGACGAGAUGCAUCCGCUGGACAUUGCCCUACACGCUGUGCAGAACCGUUUCCAGACUCCAAUGUGGAUGUGGAAGCUUGCGCGAUUCCUUAACGUCGGCCCUGAAAAGCGUCUCCGAGACAGCAUGAAAAUCGUCAAUGACAUGGUGCGAAACAUUAUGUUGCGAUCUGUGAGCGAGAAAACACGAGGAGAUGAGAAGAAAAGUUUGCUGACGUUGUUGAUGACAAGCAAUCCGAACGCAAAGCCGCGCGAGCUUCAGGACACGGCUGUCAAUUUCUUUAUCGCUGGGAAGGACACGACAUCUUUUAGCUUAUCGUGGCUCAUUGUGAUGAUGAAUCGGUACCCUCGUGUUCUAGAAAAGAUUCGCGAAGAGAUCCGAUCAGUGUUACCGGGCCUUUUAACUGGAGAGACGGAUGCACCAACUCUCGAGGACACGCACAAACUCGUAUACUUGGAUGCAGCAGUGAAAGAAAGUGUGCGUUUGCAGUCCGUUUCCACAUAUCGAUACACGACUCGAGAUACGACGCUUACGGAUGGUGCAUUCAUUAAGAAAGGCACAGUGGUGGUCGUGUCCAAGUACGCUGCUGCCCGACGCAAAAAUGUAUGGGGGGACGAUGCCGCUGAAUACAGACCCGAGCGCUGGUUAGACGAAACAACCGGAGAGCCCAAAAAUAUCGCACCACCACAAUUCAUCUCUUUCAGCACGGGACCGCGCAAGUGCAUUGGAAUGCGUCUUGCCAUGCUUGAAAUGAAGACUGUCAUGGCUGUGCUUUUCAGUCGCUUCGAUAUUGAAACAUUGGAGGACCCUUUCAAGAUCACAUACGACUUCUCUUUUGUACUGCCGGUAAAAGGACCCUUAGCCGUGCGCGUCCGUGACCGCAUCGCAUCCUGUAUGUAA